UGGUCACGCCCCCUCCCCUGGGUCCGCUUCCUUCUGUGUUCCCUUCCCACGAUUUCCAAAACCGAGUCAUUUCCUAGCACGCAGGAUCGUCCUCAAGCUUGCGACACAAAGGAAAAGCUUGUUGAAUCCAACAGUCAAGAUUCGCUGAUUCUUGGAACCCAGGAGGCCUUUACUUGCUUUGAAGUCAAUGAACACUUAAAUUAAUCUUUAUGUUUUGGUUCUGGAUAUCAAACCACUGUCAGAGAGGCUGAAGGCUGUUGCAAGUUCACACAGUUGUGGAAACAUCUUUGUUUAUCUUUAAGAAGGAAGACAAGAUUAGGCUUUAUCCAAGGACAUCUUGGUGCAGAACUUUUCCUCACCAGGCUGAGAAGCUCGGAAUGGGGGUUUCCGGCAGAAAGCAACACUGAAAUCCUUAAUGAAAGAAAAACCAUUUUGAAAUCACAAUUUGCAGCGACUUUGCUGCUGAAAGACUGGAUGUCUGGUUUAUUAUCAGUUGAAAUCAUCGUGGAGAUAAACCCAAAAAGAUAAUUUGACUACAAGUCAGUGGAUGUGAGCGAGAGGCAAGAACUACUUGAAGGAAGUAGAGUAUGACGGCUAAGGGUGAACCUGUCCUUUCUCAGCAAGCAGAGCCCUACUUUAUGGCUGAAGUUAGUCCAGCUAAACAGAUUCCUGAUGGAAAAGUUAACCUCAAUGAUACUAAUUCCUUGUGUGAAAGUAAUUCAGAUGUUGAGGUUGUGGAAGACUCUGACAGGCAAACUGACUACAACUGUCAUUUAUGUGACUAUGAAACAAAGGAUUUUAAGUGCUUCAGUGACCAUCAACACAGUGCUCAUCUAGUAGAUAAUGUCAAGAGAACAGAUAGCGAUUUGGAGUUGGACGGUAAACGGUUUGUCAGUGAAGAGCAUGUUCAGAAUGGUGAGCCAGGUAUGCAGCAUGUUAAGGCUGGACCUGAGAAAUCUGUAAAAGAAUUGAGCAGUAGUUCAUGCAACAGGGAAAUGUUUCAAAGUCAGAUUUCCCCCAAGGCAGAUUCACAAAAAGAAGGCACUUCCAAAUCUGGGGCAAACUUCAGUACCAACCAUAAUUCUGUGGUCUGUCUCCCCUUGGUUUCAGAAGGGCUGAAACUAGUAUGGACUCAGUCAGACCAAACCAGUGAGUUAGACAGCAAUGAGUAUCUUAAGGAAGCCUUUAACAAGUUCCCUUAUCCAUCAGCUUCAGAAAUUUCACUCUUGUGUUUGAGAGCCAAACUACCACUUGACAAAGUUAAAGUCUGGUUUAUGGUGCAGCGCAUAAAAUAUGGAAUCAGUUGGUCCUCAGAGGAGAUUGAGGAAACACGUCUUAAACUCCGCCAGAAAAUGGACUCUGCAGAACAGCAAGAAGAGCUAAAUGGCACUGGAACUACCCCAGAGGAAUCCGCUUUGAAUAAGAUGAGUUACAUAAAAUCUGAAAGUGAUCCUGAGGAAUUUGCAGAAGUCCCAAUUAAGAGGCCAAGGAAUCAGGGAAGAAAAAGAAUGGAGGGUCAAUUUGAAGCAGAUGCAGAGGAUAUAAUGGUCGAUAUGCCUUGCAGCAGCAGUAAUUCUGGCGUAUUUAACCUGACUCCAGGCCGUUACAAAAAGUCCAAAGCUCAACUGGCCACUCUCCGCGCUAGUUUUAGCAGACAACACUUUCCUAAUGAAGCAGAGCUGCGUCGUCUUCAACAACAGACUGGAUUGUCACGCAAUGAUAUUCGUAAAUGGUUUAGUGACAGUCGGUACCAAAUGAGAAACUCUGGUAGACUAUUUGGUGGUGGUAAUACAGGAGGAGGAUCAAGUGGUGCAGGCAGCAGCAGUGGCACGAACAGUUCGUUCUUUGAAUCCUUUUUAAGCCGCAGUCUGGAAGCAAGUGGUUACACAGCAACUUCACUAAACAGCAGUGAAGGGCCUUCAGAAUUCUCGGAGGUCCAUGAAGAAAGCAUUGAGAACAGUGAUGUUGUGCUUUUAGAUGAUGAAGAUGAAGAGGGAAAUGAAGAAAAGAUGUUACAUAAGGAAGAGGAUUUAGAGCUUCAAUCAGAUGAAACGGAACCAAUGCUUUUUAUCAAUUCUAAAGGGGAGGCAGAAUAUGACAAGCCACAUCAUACUACAUCCACAUUGAGAAAAGGUAAAAAGAACUCCUCCACACCUCCGCUUGCUUUAUCUAAAAACUCGCACGAACUUCCUGGUACCCAAGGGAAUCAAUCUGUUCUUACCCCCAGUGGCCGUCCCAGGAAGACUAAGGAACAACUUAAUAUUCUCAAGUCAUUUUUCUUGCAAUGCCAAUGGCCAAAGAGUGCAGACUAUACUCGGUUGGUACAGCAGACAGGUCUGCCAAGGCCCGAUGUAAUCCAGUGGUUUGGCGAUACACGCUAUGCAGUAAAGAAUGGCCAACUACGUUGGGUGAGGGGAUCAGGAGUUGGAACUGACAUUGCAACGGAGAUAAAGCAACAACAGAACCAACAUUCACCAUAUCUAGCACGUUCACGACGCAGAGAUAACAGCUCAGGAUCUGGCAGGGGCAAAGUUGUUGUUGAUGACGACGAUGAUGAUGAUUAUGGUGGGCUUUUAAAUGCCAAUUCAGGGACUGAUAUUCGUCCCUUAGAGAAGUAUUUGAGAACAACUGGGUAUCUUCAAGAAAAGGAUUUGGACCAACUUUGCAAGAAAUCUCACAUGACCUACCAACAGGUACGGGACUGGUUUCUUUGCCAACAACAGGGAAUGGCUGAGGUGGAGGUUGAUAUUAGCGAUGGAGAUGAGUGAAACCAUGCAGGACUGGAAUCUACAGAAAUCAAGAUGUGAUUUUUACAAGUUGAUCAAAUGAAAAUGGGACAGCUUUCCUGUGUAUAUUUGUAUUAUUUGCCACAAACGCGGUUUUGAAUAAUCUAGUCUACAAAGAUUAACGAAAACAAAGGGUAGACUAAUUUUAUUUUUUCCUUGGAUAUAUAUUAGGUUUGCCUCCUUUUUAAAGAAAAAAAUGUUUCAUUUGUUUUUUAUUAAAUCUAUUAAUAGAUAAUUUAAUACAGAAGGUAAUGUACGUAGUAAUAAAUGGGAAGAAAAGCAAAGUGGGCAAAGAAUCUAAAACUGAAGGUUUUUGAGGGAGGGUUUUUAUUUAUUUUUUUGUCUGUUUUCAUUUUGAAUUUAAAGUAAUGUUUGCAGGGUUAAAACUUUCCUCAGUUUAUUUGUUAAAUGCUGUAGGUAUAGUGUAAACGUAGUACUUAAAGUGACAGCUGUCCAACAAGACAGGGUCAGAAAUGAUCUGGAGCAGACUAGGUGGUAGUGGCUUACAAAAUAAGGUGAACAUUUGCAUGUUUUCUCAGUUACAUGUCUAAUCUUAAAGUCAUUUAAGGUUGAUGUCAGUGUUACAUUGCAGUAAUCUGACUUACAGCUGCUACCUUGAUCUUCAGAGGGGGUAAUUUCAGUCUGGAAUAUGCUAGCAGAUGUAGGUGCAAUCACUCUUAAAAUUGAGCUUGUUUGCUUAGUAAGAAUGGCACAUUGUUGAGAUUGUAGAGAAUAACAACCAGCUGUCUGUCUUGAAAUGGACAGAAACCUGCAUUGUAUCUCUUAAUGUACAAACUUUUCCAUUUUAUACAUAGUGUAUAUAGAAAUGUCUUGGAUAUUGUUGUCAACUUGCCACCACAAUUUUUAACAGAAAAAAAUACGUAUUGAGGGCAGCAGUGCUUAUUUAGAGUGGGAUUGUAUAAGUUGUAUGAUCCUCAUACACACUCAAAUGUGGAAAAGUAAUUCUGAUCAGCAUACCUUCUAAAGCUAAUGUGCCAGGCUCUACAGAAAACAAAAUACAAUUCUAGAAAGUUUGUCUUAUUCACACAGAUGAUCCCUGUACUUCACCAAACGUUUUCUAAUGCAGUAGACGUAUGUUUUCAAAGUAGAAUGAAGGGAGUGUGUGCUCUUCACAGUUGGUUCAAAAUUACUAGUUUUCGAUAUGCUCUCUUUUAUUUCUUGUAUAUUUAAUUCUAGGCAAAAAAAUAGAAAAUAGAGAAAGUGUACGCCAAUAUUCAUUAUAAUCUUUCCUCAGGUUGAAAUAGAUAUUAAAAUACAUGCUGGUUUGGAAUGAAUAUUGGUUUACCUACAUUUUAUUUGUAAUAUAUUUGAAUUUUGUAAUAAUAUAAAGGGGUUGGUAUUGCUCAGAUUGAUUAACCCACUUUGCCCAGUUUUUCAGCAAAUCCUGGGUGUGUUUUAUUUUUUUAAACAUUUUAUGUAGUUCUAGUUCUGCUUCGCAAAUUAAAACAUUACACCUUUCGCUAACUAAACAUUUCAAGUUCUUUCGGUUUAUUGCAACAUAUUUAAAAAAAAUUGAAAAAUGUAAACUUGAUAUUGUUGGCUCUGAGUAAAAUCAAAAACAACCAGAAACACAAUGCCCAUUCAUGGUUUUAAGAGCACAGACCUCAGGUUUACUGAUACCCACGUUUUGGAGUCCCCCUCAGGAUACAAGGAUGUACAGAUCCCUGUUAACAAUUUACAGAAAGCAAAAUUAAUUUUUAUUUAUUUUUUUAUUCCUAGAGCCGAGUUAGUCACAGAGCUGUUUAGUGUAUUAUGCCUUUUUGAUUUUUAGUAAUACACGAUCCAUGUUCUUGAUAGUUGAAAAUUAUAUACAUUUUUUCCAUUAUAAUUGGAACCUUGAAAGUAAAAUUUAUGCUGUUGUACUUCUGGAGAAUGGUUUUACUAAAUCACUUAUAGGUCACCUUAAAUUGCUUGCUGGGAGCAUUCAUUAAUUCACAGUUUUGUUCAAUUAAGGAGAGAGUUGUCCUCUGUCAAUAGUUUUACAGUAGUACUCAGUGAUUUAGUAAGAUUACUAAAAGUAUUGUUCUUAACAAAGAACAAUAACAUUUCAUAACACAUUUCUAGGAAUGAUAAAUGUAAUCUUUUGAAAUUUUGUUCGGCAUAACUGAUCUAUAUUAAGACCACAUACUUCAGACUGUUUUAAGAACUCAUUCUUAAAUCUGUGCUUAAUGAAAUGGAUUUUCUGCUUGUAAUAGGUGAUCUUAUCUAUGACCUAUCUGUCCUAGAGCUUUUCCAUUUUCUGACACCUAUAAUGAUGAAUCGUUUGUGUUAAAAACUUGAUGCUGCUUUUUGCCUCCUGCUCCAACUCCACCACUCUAACUUCAUCCUCUGUUACACAUUUUCAUGGCCCCUUCCUUAUGUGAUGUUAGGUUUAAAGAUUUCCCAGUUUAAUUAUAGUAGAAAUUUAAUACUGCAAACAAAAUAGUGCGGUAAUUAAAGUAGAUACAUUUUUUUCAGAGUAGUUGUGUUUCAUCAUUGAAAACUAUCUGCUUUUAGAAAAUAAUAAUUUCUUAUGAUGGUGAUUAAGACUCAUUUGUUAACAUUUUCAAGACACCCAAAUCUUCCAAAAAAUAAUUUUAAGAAUCUGAUUUACCAUACUGGCACACUGCUGUACAUUAUUGCUAUAAUGCAUGCCUACAUUUAAAUCAAGUCUACUCCAGGCUCCAAUUAAUAACUGUAAAUUUGUCAUGUUACCCUUUGACUUUAUAUAAAUGAGGUUUGGGGUGGUAGUGGUGGUUAAAAUUAACAAUGCCUACUGCAUCCAGAAUAAGCAAUUUCUUUUACGAAUGGGAGAAACAGUGCAGCUCUCAAAAUGGACUUUGUGAACCUCAAUGAUCUGUGGAGCAGCUAUACCACACUGCUUACUGAAAUGAAUUUUACAAGCAUUUUAUCUGUUUUGUCAACUUGCAUAUAGGAUUAGCUCAAGGUGUUUUAUAUUUUAACUUUUAAAUAUUUUUCUACUCUAAAAAAAGUGGCACUUCCUUUAAUCUCUAUUCAGUGUUCAAAAUGAUUUUGGCUAAUUGUUUGUUGAUAUACUGAUAGUGCACAAUAUUUUACUUGUAUUUUUUAUAAAAAAAAAAAUAAACUGAAAAAGCUGUAGCUGACACCAAAGCAAUUCUCUGUUUUUAUACAAGUUGAAGCUGCCUUUUGUUCUAAUUUCUGUACUAAUGUAUGUUAUACCUACUGUUCAAUAAUUUAUUUACAGUCUUGUGUAGUUUGCAGUAUUGCUUUGAAUGCAGUGAAGAGAUUUAUUAUUUAUUAAGCAAAAUAUGUCAUUUAAUCUGAAUACUGGAAGCCUAUUGCUUGUUUGUCUGCUUUAGAUAUCAGUAGUUAGGCUAUUUCACAGACAAUUUACAAAACCUGGUUUCUCGUGACUUGUACAAAAAUUCAUUCAUUCAACAAUGAUCCAUUUUAGGAGUCCAGGCAUGUUUUCAGUAUUUUACAGCUGUGAAGCGCUGCUUUAGAUUGAUUGAGGAAUGAGCAGUGCUAGUGCAUUUUAGCAUUACCAGUUUUACAGUGAAGUACACUGGGCUGAUUAAAAUGGGGGAAAAUAGUAUGCUAUAGCUUGUUUAUUUGUUGAUUGAUAAUUACUUUUUAUAUACCCUGUCAAGCUGGAAAGGAAAAAGUUGUGAUGAGAACAGACCAUUUAGCCCAAAAGUCAGUUGUUCGUUUGAGACAUACUGUAGAAUAUAAAGACGAGAAAUGAACAAUUGUACAGUUGAAUAAUUAUAGUGGACUGAUGCAUGAAUGGUAAAUAGAAAUUUUCAUUUAUCAAAAAUUAGCAAGUGAGUUAAGCAAGAAAAAUUUAUUUUUAAAAAGUAAUUAUCAUCCUUCAAAUAUUUAAAAGUUGAAUUAUAUUAGAAUGUAAAUCGACCUUCCAAAUCUAUCCCUACACCAUUAUUAUAAGUACAGUUCACUGUAAAUGCAUAAUGUUCUACAGGGAACAGUGAUGACUGUGCAGUUAUGUGAUUAAGUUUGUCCUAAUGUGGAAUUGGGUCAUAAAUGCCCAUCACACAAAAUCAUACAAUCUUACUAUAUUUUGAUACAGUCUACCUGCUGCUAACAAGUAUCAGAAGUAGCUGGUUAUCGUAGGUUGUUUAUCGCAUAAGAAUGUUUUCUAGAUAAAGGGUACUGAUUGUCAUCUGCUGCAAAGCAGAACUGUGAUUCUUUGCUGCAAAUUAAACUGUGAUAGCCUGGCAAAUAAAUCUCAACACCAUUUCAUGUGUAGCUUAACAUAACAAGCAAGAAGACAAUGGUAGAUGUCAUUCUGGUUACCAUAAAUGAAGUCAAAAAAGGACACAAUGGUAGAUGUCAUAAUGGAGUCCUCUUUUUCUGUGGUCCUAGGUAUUCAUUGAUUAUCUACAUUUUGGAAUGCAUUGGUGUAGGCCAACUGUACAACCCUCCAAUCUUCCAGUGAAGGUAUUUCUCUGGACCUUUAAUAUUCUUCCUGGUGAGAUUAUAUAUAUAUAUAUAUAUAUAUAUAUAUAUAUAUAUAUAUAUAUAUAUAUAUAUACACACACACAAACUGUAUAUAUAAAAAAUAUGGACAGCAUAUUCAUGCUAAGAAAGGGAUGAAGCUGGACAAUAAUACAAAGAAUGGUUGGUAUUUUAUUUCUGUCAUUAAGCAAAAUUGUUUAGUUCCUCCUUAAGUAACCCCUCAUGUGUUGUAGGACUGGUAGAAAUGAAACAAAUUACGAGGAUCCCUUCAUUUAUUAAAAAUGUAUGUAGCUAUAUAUAUUGAUAUUCAAAUUAUAUUCUAUUUGUAAUCAAGUAAUUUUCACUAUCCAUAUUUCAUUAAUUAUACCACAUUUUAGACAAAGGGCUUUUUUAUAUGAACUGUAAAAAAGUGUAAAUAGGAUUGGCUUUGGCACUUUAAGACAAAAAACUUUAUUCUUUGUAAAUUUUGAUUAUGAACCUCCGUAUCUUGGUAUGAUUUUCUUUUGUAUGUGACAUUUUUUUAUACCUUUCUUCCCACUUCAACAUGUUGAAGUCUUGCUUCCCUCCUGCCAUUAGAAAAACUCCUUUGUAGUUUUUAUAUCAAAUUGCUGUCUUCCAAGCAGUGUUGUGUAAAGUCAUGACUAGCAGUUGGAUAGUUAAAUUUAUAUGAAGUGCAAGGUGACCAACUAACAAUUACAUUUGGUGUCGAGUUUUGAAUUAUUUUCAGAUUAUUAGUAGAAAUAAUUCUACUUAUUGCUGCAAUAGUGCUCUGUGCUUACCAGUUUAACAGUGGUGAUUUGAUAAUGAUAACCAUGCAAUUCAAAUGCGAUGCUGGAAAUAUUCUGUGCUGACAGAAACCGCACAUGUGCAGGUCAAACAUCAUGUUUUUUUUAUCCAGCUGAUGCGACCAUUCAAGCAAGUUCUUUCUAAAAGUAUAAUAUACAAAGAUUUAAACAUUUCAGAUUUAGGUUCUGAAAUUCACAAUUCAUAUUAAUUGGAGAUAAAAUAUUUACAAUAUAACAAAAAUAUCCCAUAAAUUAGACAUUUUGUAGCCAUGUAGCAAAUAAAAUUUUGAUACUGAGUUUUAUUUGUUUGUGUAUGACUUGGUGUAUUCAUUGUUUCUAUAAAAUGCAAUAAAUUUGCACUGUUUUGUUUCUACUCAAUUACAACUAUGUUUAUAAAAAUAAAAUCAUUUCAGGAAUUGUAUUUUGAUUUUGGAAAUAUGGUUUUAAAGGCUGUUGCGCUAAAUAAUAAUACAGGUGUGUCCUUUUUCUGUACCAUGAGCCAUUUUAAAAUAAAUCCUCUGUAUAAAUGAUAUAAUUUAAUACAGAUUUUUAUACAUUU